ACUCCGCCAGGACCUAGUUCUCGUCAGUUUAGGUGAUAUAACUCUAUCCCCAAAAGAGUCUGACCACACACUCUCCAUUAGAUAGCAGAGGAGUGUUCAUAGGAAUCAAGUGUCUCCACAGUAUGAGCCUGUCAGGCCACAGCAUCCCUAAUUAGGUGGAUGUUAUUGAUAACAUUGCACAUCUUAACAUCAAUUAUUAUCGAUUUGAAAGACGGAUGAAUCCCAAGAUGGGCCUUGUCGGGCUACCUGUUCUCAUGAUUUUAAUCUUUUGUCAGAACCCUCUACUUACUAAAGGCCAGUGUGCCACGUCCCAGUUCCAGUGUGCCAACGCUCAGUGCAUAGACCAGGACUGGAGGUGUGAUGGGACCAAAGACUGCACCGACGACUCGGAUGAGCUCAACUGCCCUGCGGCCUCAUGUGGCUCUCAGCAGUUCCAGUGUGUGACGGGAGGUGAAUGCAUCUCACUUGCGUUUGUGUGCGAUGGAGAGAACGACUGCACAGACGGCUCAGAUGAACAGAGGGCCUGCAAUGGUCAGACGUGUGGACCACACCAGUUCACCUGUCAGGAGGGGCAGUGUGUCCCCCAGCAGUACAGGUGUGACCAUGUCAAGGACUGCGUGGACAACUCUGACGAGAACAACUGCAAUUAUCCGAGCUGUCCAGAGAAAACGUGUGUCAAUGAGGCCUGUUACAACAACACACAACACUGCAACGGAGUACUGGACUGCAGAGACGGAUCAGAUGAAUACAACUGCACAACGGAGCACUGUCUACUCCAUCAGUAUCAGUGCGCCAACGGCUACUGCAUCCCCAUGUCGUUCGUGUGUGACCACUGGGACGACUGUGGUGACAAAAGUGAUGAAGAGGGUUGCGUCUAUCAGAGUUGCAGUGGGUCACAAUUCACCUGCACCAGCGGUCGCUGCAUCCCGCAGGACUGGGUUUGCGACGCCUUCAAUGACUGCGGAGACUAUAGCGAUGAGAAGGGAUGUGACGGUAACAUAAGAGAGUGUUACCCCGGCGAGUGGCCGUGCCCGGGUUCCUCUGCCUGUGUGGCCAACAACAAAGUGUGUGACGGUCGCCCUGACUGCCCAGGAGGCACGGAUGAGUCCAACACCACUGCCCAGCUAACCUGUGGUCUUCAGCAGUGUUCUGCUCUCAGCUGUGAGUACCGUUGCCAUGCCACCCCACAGGGCGGUAGCUGCUACUGCCCUGAUGGCUAUACCGUUGCCAAUGACAGCCGCUCGUGUAUUGAUUACAAUGACUGCAACAUCUGGGGAAUCUGUGACCAUUUCUGCGAGGACCGUCCUGGGUCGCACCACUGCAGCUGUGCCGAUGGAUACUUCCUGGAGCAGGGUCACCUUUGCAAGGCCAACGUGUCAGGGGGGCUUCCUAAGCUAAUCUUCACAGACGGCCGUGAUGUCAGAAUGGCGGAUGUUCAUGGGCGGUUCAUCAGAACUCUGGUCCAAUCACCAGGCAAAGGUUAUGCUGUGGGCGUGGCCUAUCACUGGCACAGUCAGCGUGUCUUUUGGUCUGACACAAACGUUCAGAAGGUCUUCUCUAUACAUUUUGAUGGAAGUGACCAGCAGGAGGUUCUGACUGAGGUAGUGCACAGUGUCCAGAACAUCGCCGUGGACUGGAUCAACUUCAAGCUCUACCUGCUAGAGGCGCGGGUGGAGCGGAUCGACGUGUGCAACUUCGACGGCAGCGACCGCGUCACCCUGGUGGCCGAAAACCUGGAGAACCCGCAUGGCCUGGCCUUGGACCCCACUGUUGGGUACAUGUUCUUCACAGACACCAUGGGCUACGGCAACACAGACAUGAAACUGGAGCGUGCAUUCAUGGACGGCAGCAACCGCUUUGAGCUGGUGAAGACCAGGGUCGGCAACCCGUCUGGCAUUACCCUAGACCUGGUCACCAAGAGGGUGUACUGGACAGACGAGCAUUUCAACAUGGUGCAGACGGUCACCUACAGUGGGCUGGACAGGAAAAUUGUGCUGAAUGGAGGUUUUCAGGUCCCUCAACCCUUUGGCCUCUCUGUCUUCGAGAACCACGCCUUCUUCACCGACUGGACCAAGAUGGGCGUGGUCCGCACCAAUCGCUUUAAUGGCAGUGACCCGGUGCUUCUGUUCCGGACGGCAGACAGACCUGGACACAUUGUGGCCUCUCACUCUACCUUGCAACCUGUGGUUCAGAACCCCUGCGGCCGGCACAAUGGCGGCUGCCAGCAGAUCUGUGUGCUGAGCCACCGCACCGACAAUGAUGGCCUGGGCUACCGCUGCAAGUGUCGCCUGGGUUACGACCUUCAGCCUGACCUCCGCACCUGUUUCAAGGUGCGUGACUUCCUGUUGGUGGCGAACCAGUAUGCGGUGCGGGGGAUCCCCCUGAACGUGUCCCAGCAGGAGGACGUCAUCCUCCCCCUGACGGGCCUCGCGGUCACCUUUAGCGCCUCGGCCGUGGAGUAUGAUGCCAGCGAGGAGACUGUGUUCUACAACGACCGCAGCAGGAACCUCAUAUACAAGGGCGCUGUCAACGGAACACACCAGCAGGUUCUGACAGGGUACCGUGUGGGCAAGGUAGAGUCUAUGGCCUACGACUGGACCUCUAAGGUUCUGUUCUGGACCUCCAGCAGCUACCGGGUCGUAUCAGCCUACAAAGUGACAGAUGGGUCCAGAAGGGACAUCGUGGAGGACCUGAAGAACCCCCGCGGGAUUGCGGUUCACCCCAGCGCAGGCUACCUGUUCUGGUCGGACUGGUACCGGCCUGCAGUGAUCACCAGAGCCUACACGGACGGCAGCAACGCCAUACCCCUCAUCAACACUACCCUGGGCUGGCCCAAUGGACUCGCCAUCGACUUCAUGAUGAACCGACUCUACUGGGUGGACGCUCUGCUGGACCGCAUUGAGUUUGUGGGCAUGGACGGCUCUGACCGCCAAGCCUUCUCCAACAUUGGCCAGAUCACACAACCUUUUUCCCUCACAUUACACGCCGACCAUUUGUUCGUGUCGGACUGGCGGACUGAAUCUGUAUAUCGGAUGCGGAAGAGAGACGGCGGAGACAACAUCGUCCUCCGCAAGGGAAUCUUGGGAGUCAUGAAUGUGAAGGCCUACUCUGCUGACCUGCAGGGCUUGAUCAGCAGCCCUUGCAACAUGCUCCCCAAUGGCCGCUGCAGCCACUUCUGUUUCCCAAUGCCGACUUCGAGUCGCGUUUGCGGCUGUCCCUUCGGCAUGAAACUGCAGGCCAACCAGCGCGACUGUGUCAAGGAUGACUCCGUCACGCCGCCGGACAUCACCUGUGGCGACUACGCCUUCCCCUGUGAUGGUGGACGCUGCGUCUCCAACUCGUUCCGCUGCGACGGCUACAAAGACUGCAUGGACAACACCGAUGAGGCCAACUGCACCGAUACUGGUGUGACCUGUUCUCCCAGGGCCUUCACCUGUGGUAACAAACACUGCAUCCCUCAGUCAUGGCGCUGUGACGGUCAGGACGACUGCGGUGAUGGCACUGACGAGGAGAACUGCCCGACCCGAGGGCCCACCACCUGCAGCGCCCAGCAGUUCGCCUGCACUAACGGCAAAUGCAUCCCCAAGACAUGGGUGUGCGACAUGGACAACGAUUGCGGAGAUGGCUCAGACGAGAGGCAGUGCAACGGCACCAUCUCCACCUGUAGCCCAGGCCUCUUCCUGUGCCCUGACCACCGCUGCAUCUCCAACGCAUACGUGUGUGAUGGUGACCAGGACUGCAUGGAUGGUUCCGACGAGAAGGACUGUGAGUUCUCCUGCUCCUCCUACGAGUUUGCCUGUGCCAGCGGGGACCAGUGUAUCAGCCAGACCUACCACUGCGACGGAGUGUUUGACUGCAGAGACCAAUCAGACGAGAGGGGCUGCCCCACUAGAGGGCCAGGUCUGUGCCACGACAACGAGUUCCAGUGCCAGGUGGAUGGCUUCUGCAUCCCGAGCGCCUGGGAGUGUGACGGUCACGGCGACUGCGAGGACGGCUCCGACGAGCACCCCGGCUGCCCGCCCCGCACCUGCCGGCCCGGCUACUUCCGCUGCGCCAACGGCAACUGCGUGGCGCCGCAGUGGGUGUGUGACGGCGACAACGAUUGCCGCGACAUGAGCGACGAGCAGGACUGCCCCACCCCGCCCUUCAGCUGCCCCGCCGGCCAGUGGCUGUGCCCGACCGACCAGGUGUGCAUCAGCGAGGGCAAGGUGUGCGACGGUCAGCGCGACUGCCCCAAUGGAGCCGACGAGUCGCCCCUCUGCAAUGGAGAUGACUGUGCCGUGACCAACGGAGGCUGCAGCGACGGCUGCAUCCAGGGCCCGUUCGGCGCCCAGUGCACGUGCCUGCUGGGCUACCAGCUCCUCAACGACUCCAAGACGUGUGAGGACAUCGACGAGUGCCAGGUGCCCGGCUUCUGCAGCCAGCAGUGCUUCAACGAGCGCGGCUCCUUCCGCUGCUUCUGCCAGGAUGGGUACCAGCUGGAGCCCGACGGACGCACCUGCAAGGCCAAGAACCCAAUAGAGGCUGUGCUGCUGGUCACCAAACGCAGUCAGAUCAUCGCCGACCGCAUCAACUUCCGCCCGCCUGUCAUCCAGCCUAUCAUCAGUGGCUCUAACAUCGUGUCUGUGGACUUUGACCGGGUCACCAAGAGGAUCUUCUGGGCAGACAUCUCUCAGAAGAUGAUCUGGAGUGCCUUCCAGAAUGGCACAGACAGGAGGAAGGUGUUCAGCAGUGGACUGAUGGUUCCGGAGACCUUGGCUGUGGAUUGGGCCGGCCGGAACCUCUACUGGGUUGACUCUGUAAUGCAGACCAUUGAAGUGUCGACCAUCGAUGGACGCUUCCGGAAGAUUCUGUUCAGCAAGAACAUCACCAGUCCACGCGGGCUUGCACUUGAUCCUCGUAACCACACCAAUGUGAUGUUCUGGUCCGACUGGGGUCAAAACCCACGGAUCGAGCGGGCCGAUAUGGAUGGGUUUGGGAGGAAAGCCAUCGUCACGACCAAGGUGUACUGGCCCAACGGACUAGCCCUGGACUACACAACUCGGCGCCUCUACUUCGCUGACGCUUACCUGAAGUACAUUGACUACUGUGACUACGAUGGCAACAAUCGCUAUCAGGUGUUUGCCAGUGACAUGAACCUCCAGCACCCACAUGGCAUGACCGUGUUUGAGGACUACGUCUACUGGAGCGAACGCUACACCAGCCGCGUCAUGAAGAUCAACAAGUUCCACGGCGGGAACGUCACCACGCUCAUGACAGGCGUCUACCAGCCCAUGGGCAUCGUGAUGGACCACCACAUCAAGCAGCCCAAUGCCAUUAACCCGUGCGUGGAGCACCUGUGUAGCCAGUUGUGUCUGCUGUCUCAGAGGCGGCCCAGGUACUACACCUGUGCCUGCCAGUCCGGCUGGAACCUCAACAGUGACAAGCGCACCUGCACCAAAGAUGACACUCCCUUCCUGAUGGUAAUGAGAGACACAGUCAUCUUGGGGAUCCCCCUUAACCCCAACGACACAUCCAACAACGCCAUGACUCCCAUAUCGGGCAUCACCAAAGGAGUCGACAUUGACUUCGAUGACAAGGAACAGUUUGUCUACUGGGUGCAAGGCUCAGGGUCGAUAUACAGAGGGAAGACUGAUGGAACCAACAGAACCCAGUUUGCACCAGUAGGUAUCAUGGGUUCUCCUUCUGGCUUGGCUUUUGAUUGGAUAAGUCGAAUGAUGUACUACACAAAUCCCACCAAUAAGGCGAUAGAGGUCAUCCGAGUAGAUGGGGCCCAGAGAUACAGGAAGACCCUCAUCACCAACACGGGCAAACCUGAGGGAGCCGGUGAACCUGUGGGGAUAGCGCUGGACCCUGCCAGAGGGAAGUUAUUCUGGACAGACAGAGGGACGGACAGCGGGGUUCCCCCAAAAGUUGCAAGUGCAGAUAUGGACGGAGGGAACCUUAAGAACCUUUUCACAGGGAACCUGGGUCACAUUGAGUUUAUCACUGCAGACAUAGCAGCCAGCAAACUCUACUGGGGGGUUACCAGCACAGGACUGAUCGAGUGUGGCACCAUGGACGGCGUGAGCAGGGUGACCAUCGUCAGCGGCCUGUCCCACCCCUGGGGCAUCAGCGUGCACGGCCCCCACCUCUACUACAGCGACGUGGACUACGAGGUGGUGGAGCGGGUGGACAAGGCCAACGGGGCCAACAUGGUGGUGCUGAGGAGUGGCAUGGCUGGGCUCCGCGCCGUCAAGGUCCACGCCAGAGACAACUCGGCAGGUACCACCAACGCCUGCAGCACAAACAAUGGGGGCUGCCCCCACCUGUGCCUGCCUAAACCGGGCAGUCAGAAGGUGUGCGCCUGCACUACAGGCUUUGUGCCCUCACAGAACGGCAGCCACUGUGAGCAGUACGACUCCUUCGCCAUCGUGUCUACACCGCGCCUCAUCCGGGGCUUCCACAUCAACAGCUCUGACCACUCGGAGGCCAUGGUGCCUGUGUCAGGAAACUCCAACUCUGUGAUUGACAAGCUGGCCCUCCACAUCCCCUCUGGUUUUGCGUACUGGAUCGACAACAGCACGUACAGUUCCUACCGAGGAAUUAACCGGGCCAAGACCGACGGCUCACAGUAUUCGCGGCUCAUAACCUCAGGAGUGGGCACCGGUGGCAUCCAGGGGCUCGCCAUCGACUGGGCAGCAGGGAACCUGUACUUCACCAACGUGUUCCCGACUCAGACCUACCUGGAGGUGAUUCGCCUGAACACCAGCUACCGCCUGGUCCUGCUGAAGAGCUCCUCGGACAGGCCCGGCGACCUGGCCGUCAGCCCCAAACUCCGCUACCUCUAUUGGGCUGACGCUGGCCAGAACCCCAAGAUCGAGCGGGCCCAGCUGGACGGCACCAACCGCACUGUGUUGGCCUCCGAGAGCCUAUCCUCGCCCCGCGGCCUCACGGUGGACUACACCAACGACUUCCUCUACUGGGUUGACGACGGGCUCGACAUGAUCUCCUGCAUGGCCAGCGACGGCACUGAGAGGCACAUAGUGCGCUACGGCAGCCGCUACCCCGCCCCGUACGGGGUCGCCAUCUUGGGCAACUACAUGCUAUGGGUGGACCGGAAGCUUGGGAAGCUCUUCCAGGCCAGUAAGUACGCGGGGGAUGCUGCGGCUCCCGAGGUGAUCCGGGAGGGGCUGCAGGGCCUGGCAGACGUGGCGGUGUUCGACGCCCAUGUGCAGCCGACCGCGGCACACCAGGUGGGCUUCCACCCGUGCCUGGAGGACAACGGGCGCUGCCAGCAGUUCUGCUUUGCUGAGCCGGACCAGGCGGCCCCGCGCUGCGGCUGCGCCCACGGCUCUUUGUUAACCAACGGUGUCACCUGCGGCUACGGUAAGGACGAGUUCCUGGUCUACACCACGGACUACACAGUCGAGAGCGCGCAGCUGGACCCGGACGACCACUCGGUCCCAUUCCCAUCCUUCUACCUGGGGUACAGCGUGGUGGCGCUGGACUUUGACUUCCAGGACCGCAGGGUGUUCUUCUCGCAAUACUCCGGGAUCGGGAGGAGCAAGAUUGGCUACAUCAACACAGCCAUCCCUGGCAGUCCCCCAGUCUUCAUCGCCACUGACCUGCGUGACCCUGAGGGUCUGGCCUAUGACUGGGUGCAUAAGAGGCUCUACUUCACCGACUACAGCAACAGGAGCGUUCAGGCCAUGGGGAUAGACGGACAGAACCGUUCCUUCAUCGCCCACGCCAACCGGCCAAGGGCCAUCAUCGUGGACCCCUGCUAUGGGUAUCUCUACUGGACAGACUGGGGCUCUCCUGCAAAGAUCGAACGAGCCACGCUGGGCGGAAACUUCCGGAUGGCCAUCAUAAACUCCAGCCUCUCCCAGCCCAAUGGCCUCUCCAUUGAUUACGAGGACAGGAUGCUCUACUGGGCCGACGCCUCUCUGGACAAGAUCGAGCGCUCCUCCCUGACCGGGGAGAACCGGGAGAUGAUCGUGGGCCUGACCCAGUACCCGUUUGCUGUGACCGUCUACAAGCAGGACAUCUUCUGGACGGACUGGACCACGCGCUCCGUGUACCGCGCCAGUAAGGACGACGGGUCUGACGUGGCGGUGCUGAGGGAGGGCCUACAGUACCGGCCCAACGACAUCCAUGUGUUCAGCAGCAGCAAGCAGGAGACCUGUGCCAGCCCCUGCCAGCAGUUCAAUGGAGGCUGCAGCCAUGUGUGUGUGCCAGGCCCAGCUGGUGCUGAAUGCCAGUGUCCCCAGGGCAACUGGUACCUGGCCAACAAUGGCAGGGACUGCAUCAAGGACGUGGGCCACCGGUGCCAGCCAGAGCAGUUCACCUGUCUGAACGGAGGCUGCAUCAGCCAGCGCUGGAAGUGCGACGGCUACAGGGACUGCUUCGACGGCUCCGACGAGCUGGAGAGAGUGUGUGCGUUCCACACCUGCUCCCCUAUGGACUUCACCUGUGAUAAUGGGCGCUGCGUGCCCCACUCCUACGAGUGUGACUACACAGACGACUGCGGGGACAACAGUGAUGAGCGCGGGUGCCCGUUCCCCACCUGCCACCCCGUAGAUGAGUUCACCUGUGCCAACGGCCGCUGCAUCAGCGCCGCGUUCGUCUGCGACGGUCACAGCGAUUGCCGUGACAACACCACCUCUGACGAGAUCAACUGUCCGGACAGGACCUGCUCAUCUGGAGAUGUCAAGUGUGACAACACCAACAUCUGCAUCAAUCCUGACAGCCUGUGCGAUGGCUACAACGACUGUGGUGACAACAGCGACGAAAACCCACUCUUCUGCUUGAGCAGGACCUGCUCCGCAGACGAGUUCCGAUGCGACGAGGGCACGUGCAUCCCUGAUGCCUGGGUGUGUGAUUACAUCAGGGACUGUGCAGACGGCACAGACGAGCCCGACUCGUGCGUUGACGUAGUGCACACCUGUGCGCCGUCUGUGUUCACUUGUGUGAACGGGAACUGUGUGCCGCCCUCUCUCAUCUGUGACGGCAACAACGACUGCGGGGACAACAGUGACGAGGCUCCUGAGCUAGAGUGUGGUCUGAGGACGUGCUCUCCUCAGCAGUUCUCCUGCCCUCCCCCCUGGCGCCCCGGCACGCCCCGCUGCCUCCCCCAGAGCUUCGUCUGCGACGGGGAGAGGGACUGCGCAGACGCCGCAGAUGAGCUGCAGAACUGCCCUAACCGCACCUGCCACCUGAACGAGUUCCCCUGCGCCAACGGGCUCUGCAUCCUCGUACCCUUCCACUGUGACCGCGUGAACGACUGCGGGGAUGGGAGCGACGAGCGCGGCUGCACGUACGACACCUGCUCCAGCGACGAGUUCACCUGCCAGAACGGCGCGUGUGUGCCCCCCUGGUACGUGUGCGACGGCGAGGCCGACUGCCAGGACGGCUCGGACGAGGUGGAGAGCGUGUGCCACAGCCCCGUGCCCACGUGCGCCCCGGGGCAGUUCAUGUGCAAGACGGGCGAGUGCAUCGACAUCCACAAGGUGUGCAACCAGCAGAGGGACUGCUCGGACAACAGCGACGAGAAGGGCUGCGGCAUAAACGAGUGUAAGAACCCGGCGGUGCACCAGUGUGCACAGCUGUGCGAGGACACGCUGACCGGCUACCGCUGCUCGUGCGAGGCCGGCUACCGCCUCAUGGCUGACGGCAAGGCGUGCGAGGACGUGGACGAGUGCCGCGAGACGCCGGCCGUCUGCAGCCAGCUCUGCGCCAACGUGCCGGGCUCCUUCCGCUGCACCUGCGCGCCGGGCUACCUGCGCGAGGCGGACGGGCGCACCUGCCGCCACAACAGCGGCGUGGCGCCCUACCUGCUCUACUCUAACCGCUACUACAUCCGCAACCUGACGGCCGACGGGGCGGCGCUGUCCGUAGUGCUGCAGGGGCUGGGACAGGCGGUGGCGCUGGACUUUGACAGCUACGACAAACGACUCUAUUGGCUGGAUGCUGGGGUGGGGCAUGUAGAGAGGAUGCGAUUGGACGGGACGGAGAGGGAGGUGGUGCACAAGCAGGACCUGAUUGGUGCAGAGGGGCUGGCAGUGGAUUGGGUAGGAAGGAAGUUGUACUGGGUGGAUAACUAUCUGGGUGCCCUGCAUGUGUCUGAACUGGAUGGUCGUUACCGUAAGAAGCUGCUGAGCGACUGCCUGGAUAAGAACCACACCUACUGCUUCACCAACCCCCGCGCAGUGGCCGUCAACCCCAAACACGGUUGGUUGUACUGGACAGACUGGGGCAACACUCCCUACAUUGGCAGGGUCGGUAUGGAUGGCACCAACGCCUCUGCCAUCAUCACCACCAAACUGGAGUGGCCCAACGCACUGACCAUUGACUACACCACCAACAAGAUCUUCUUCGCCGACUCCCAUCUCGGCUUCCUGGAUUACGCCGACAUGGACGGACAGAACCGGCACAGGGCCAUAGCAGGUUCCCUGCCUCACCCCUUCGCUGUGACCCUGUUUGAGGACACGGUGUUCUGGACCGACUGGAACACACAUGCCGUGGAGAGGGCCCACAAGUACACUGGUGCUGAUCGAGUCGUCAUGGGCAACAACACGCACCGGCCGUACGACAUUCACGUGUACCACCCCUACCGGCAGCCACGCAGUGAGAACCCGUGCUCUAACCACGACCUCACCUGUAGUCACCUGUGUCUGAUCCGGCCGGGGGGCCAGGGGGCCACCUGCGAGUGCCCGGACCACUUCAUCGGCCUGGCCGUGGGCUUCAAGAUCCAGUGUGUGGCCGACUGCUCCAGCACGCAGUUCCGCUGCGGAGACAACGAGAGGUGUGUUCCUAUCUGGUGGAAGUGUGACGGCCAGUCUGACUGUGGUGACGGCUCGGACGAACCUGAGACAUGCCCGCCCCGCUACUGCCCAAUUGGUCGAUUCCAGUGUCAGGACGGGAGCUGCACCUACCCCAACUUCCUGUGCGACGCCCACCCUGACUGCCCCGACGGGUCAGACGAGGACCCUGCCCUCUGCAGUGACCACCGUUGCCAGGACAACCAGUUCCAGUGCAAGAACAAGCAGUGCAUCCCGGUGUCGUGGCACUGCGACGGCAUGAAGGACUGCAGCGACGGCAGCGACGAGGAGGCAGAGAGCUGCGCCCAGAAGACGUGCCGGCCGGGCCAGUUCCAGUGCAACAACGGCCGCUGCAUCCCCCCAAGCUACGUGUGCGACGUCCAGGACGACUGUGGGGACCACUCAGACGAGCCCCUGGAGGAGUGCAUGGGGCCGGACCAUAAGUGUGAUGCAGACACUGAGUUCUCCUGCAAGACUAACUACCGCUGCAUCCCUCAGUGGGCCGUGUGUGACGGCACUAACGACUGCAUCGACAACACUGACGAGCAGGACUGCGCUGCUCUGACCUGUGACCCUGCUGGCGAUUUCCGCUGUGAUAACCACCGCUGUGUUCCCAUUCGCUGGCAAUGUGAUGGCAGAAAUGACUGCGGUGACGGGUCUGAUGAGAAGGACUGUGAGCCUCGGCCGUGCUCAGAGAGCGAGUAUCGCUGUGACAACCAGCAGUGCAUCCCAGGUGCCUGGGUGUGUGACCAUGAAAACGACUGCGGGGACAACUCUGACGAGCGGGACUGCGAGCUGAAGACGUGUCGUCCCGACUCCUUCCAGUGUCUGUCUGGUCACUGCAUUCCUGCCGCGUUUAAGUGUGAUGGCCGUGCUGACUGCCUUGACUUCUCUGAUGAGACCACGUGCCCCACCCGUUUCCCAGGGGGCCGCUGGUGUCCUGACCACCAGUUCCAGUGUAAGAACCUUCUGUGUGUGAACCAGAACUGGGUGUGCGACGGCUUCAAUGACUGUGGGGACCGCUCUGACGAGGACCUCAGCCUGUGCUUCAACAUCACCUGUGACAUGCCGGCGAAGUUCCGCUGUGACAACGGCUACUGCGUCUACUCCGGACUCAUGUGCAACCAGAAGGAUGACUGCGGGGACGGCAGCGAUGAGAAGGAGGAGAACUGUCGUGAGCCUACCCAGGCACCGUGCACCACAGACCAGUUUAAGUGCACUAACGGCCGCUGUGUGGCCUUGCCCUACGUCUGUGACUUCAAUGACAACUGUGGAGACCUAACCGAUGAGAUGGGCUGCCAUUUCGGCCAUGACCGCAUAUGUGAGGAGCAGCUUUGUGAGCAGGACUGCACCAACCUGAACGGCACCGGCUUCAUCUGCUCCUGCAGCCCUGGGUACACUGUGGACCCGGACAGCACCUUCAACUGCAACGAUGUAAACGAGUGUGAGAUCUUCGGCAUGUGUCCUCAGGGGUGUAAGAACACCAAAGGCGGGUACGACUGUGAGUGUGCCCCUGGCUACCGCAAGGUGGGCACUGGAAGCCAGUGUGAAGCGGAAGGUCCUGGGCCUCUGCUGCUGCUCCCUGAGAACAUCCGUAUCCGGCGGUUCAACCUGCAGACUGAGAAGUACCAUGACUUCCUGGAGGAGCAGGAACGCAUCAUGGCUCUGGACUACGACUGGGACCACAACAACACUGGCCAGAGUAUGGUGUAUUUCACCGUGGAAGGGAAAGGCUCAGAGGCUGGAGCCCUGAAGAGAGCCUACCUGCCCACCGUAGAUGAUCAGAGCAACAACAUCGCAGCUGCCGUCACCCUGGACAUCAAAUACAUCGUCAAGCCCUAUGGGAUAGCAGUGGACUGGGUUGGCAGGAAUCUGUACUGGGCCGACUCCCAGGUCAAGCGUCUGGAGGUGGCCAUGCUUGACGGACGCUACAGGAAGCAUCUGGUGAAGACUGACCUGGGUCAGCCGGGGGCCGUGGCUGUCAAUCCUCGACUAGGGCUGCUCUUCUGGGUAGAUAACGGCGUUGCUCCCCGCAUCGAGAGCUCCUGGAUGGACGGCCAGGAGCGGAAAGUUCUGGUGGACAGUGGUCUGGGCUUGCCCACCGGACUGUCCAUCGACUUCACCAACGGCGACCGCCUGUACUGGUCUGACACCAAGGAGAGCCGCAUCGAGUCUGUGCUCCCCACCGGAGAGGACCGCCGCGUCGCCGUGUACAUAGAUGUGCGUAACCCCUUCAGUGUGAGUGUGUUCGAGGGCCACGUGUACUGGAGCACACAGGAGAAGGGCGAGGUGUUCCGCCAAGAGAAGUUCGGCAAGGGCCCCAAGAGCCUCCUGUUCACGGCCGGCCCCUGGCUCACCCAAGUCAGCGUCUACCAGCAGCAGAGAUACAACGCCAUCAAGAUGAAAACCCCCUGUAAGGGCACGUGUAGUCACCUGUGUCUGCUACGGCCAGGGGGAUACACCUGUGCCUGCCCAGAGGGGACCAACUUCAGCCCUGGCAGCAGCACAGUGUGUGACGCCGGCUUUGACCCUCCCCCCACCAUGCCUCCUCCAUGUCUCUGUCAGAAUGGAGGAACCUGCUACUUUGACGACAACAAGGCCCUCUGCAAAUGUCCGCUGGAGUGGGAGGGGGAUAACUGCGAAAGGAAUAUCUUUGGCAUAACAGCCUCAGCUGUUGCCUUAGCUCUUGGGGUAACAGCAGUAGUUGCCAUUUUCCUGAGCGGACUGGUCUUUGCCGCUCACAAAAAGGCCAAGAUUAUGGAGAUGGUGCACAGCGUCAACAUACCAACUCUCACUAUGCCCAACUUCAGGAGGUCGGCUCCUAGUCGGUUUGGUGAGGAGGGAGAGGAGCCACGCUCAGGCCCCAAAGUGGAGCCUUGCGCCACUGUUGAAGUGGGUGACAUGGGGAAAAAUUUUGAGAAUCCUGCCUACCAUUCGGAGAAUGAAGGUGGAAGCUCCGCCCCUAGUGCUGUUGCCACGGCGAUCCCCACCUACAGCCUUCCCCAGGAUAACAUUGAGAAUCCAGUCUACGCCACUGACACCAACAUAGUUGCUGAGCUGACAUCACCUGACAGUUUGUCUGCCAUGCCUGCCAACGGCAGUGCCAUACAUGCCAACGGCAAAGCAGUCCCUGUCAAGACAUUGUCUACUGAGCCUGCCUUUGAGAACCCAGCUUACUCCUCAGACCAAGAGUGGACACCACAGGAGACCAGCAGUGGGGCCCAGAAGGGAGAGGAAGUGAAGGAGGAGGAAGAGGAGGAGGAGGUAGGAGGAUCUCGUUGUUCCCCGGUCUGAAGAGGAUUCUGAUGCAGUGUUCUCUAACCCCAUGUACACAAACCAAGUGCACCUACCCAUCCCUGAAGAUUCCUCCAUUUAAAUGGAGCCAGUAGACCUCAUCAGCAGCACACACACACACAUGCCACGGCAGACGGUUACUACACCUAAUGUGCCAAAAUUCACACCUCCGUCAACUGUUGAUGCUUCUCCUUUCGUGGUGGUGUGCUUCCCCGACGCGGUGGCUCACCUCACACCACCCAAGUACAGUGUGGUGUUUGUAGAGACGGCAGAAACAGACAGAUCAACAUGCUGCUCACUGUUCUAAUGUACUGUGUGGGGUUUGUAGGAGGAAUGUGAUGUUUUCUAUGUUUGCCAAAUGUAUUGAUUUUCAAUCAAAUUGCUAUUCUUUAACUGAUCUCUUUGUGUAAUAUAAUGGAAAAAAAAUAUCUGCAUCAAAUAGGUUGAAAUAUUGUUGUAUUUAGAGUUAAAUAAAAUGUAGUUAUGUUUUUCAUGCAA